UAUGCUUCUUCUUCCCCCUGUGUGUGUGAAUGAAUGUGUUUUUUUGGCGUGUUUGUGAACGUUUACCCCGAGAAAGUUGUGGAGAAGGACAAUCCUGGAAUUUGCGGAAAAAGGAACAGAAAUAUAUUCAAAUUCUAUAACUAAAUUAUGACCAUAACGGGAGUACCAUCUCUUUUGAUGGAAAUUGAUUUUCCGGAUGAAGAUGUACCCUAUGAAGAGGAGAUUCUACGCAAUGCCUAUUCCGUGAAACAUUGGCUACGUUACAUAGAUCACAAGGCGCGGGCACCCAACAAUGCUGUGAAUAUUGUUUACGAACGGGCUCUGAAAGAACUGCCGGGAAGUUACAAGAUUUGGUAUAACUACUUGCGUACCCGCAGGAAGCAGGUUCGCGGCAAAUGCAUCACAGAUCCCAUGUACGAAGAGGUGAACAAUACCUUUGAACGGGCAUUGGUGUUUAUGCAUAAAAUGCCACGUAUUUGGAUGGAUUAUGGAAGUUUUAUGACACUGCAAUGCAAGAUUACCCGCACGCGUCAUGUGUUCGACAGAGCCUUGAGGGCAUUGCCGGUGACACAGCAUCAUCGUAUUUGGCCAUUAUAUUUGAAAUUUGUUAAGAAAUUCGAUAUACCCGAAACGGGCGUUAGGGUGUUUCGCCGUUAUUUGAAGCUGGCACCCGAUGAUGCGGAGGAGUACAUUGAAUAUCUGUUGAGUGUUAAUCGUUUGGAUGAUGCUGCCCAGCAGUUGGCCAGUAUUGUAGAUAAUGAACAUUUCGCCUCGAAACAUGGCAAAUCGAGUCAUCAAUUGUGGACGGAGUUGUGUGAAUUGAUUUCAAAGAAUCCGGAUAAGGUGCACUCGUUGAAUGUGGAUGCCAUUAUAAGGGGAGGGUUGAGGAGAUAUACCGACCAAUUGGGCCACUUGUGGAACUGCCUGGCUGAUUACUAUGUACGCUCGGGCCUGUUUGAUCGUGCCCGUGACAUCUACGAAGAAGCCAUACAAACCGUGCGCACGGUGCGUGACUUUACCCAGGUCUUUGAUGAAUAUGCCCAGUUUGAGGAACUCUCUUUGAAUAAACGCAUGGAAAUGGUGGCCAAUGAUCCUGAGGCCACCGAGGAAGAUGAUAUUGAUGUUGAAUUGCGUCUGGCCCGUUUCGAACAUUUGAUGGACAGACGUUUACUGCUACUAAAUUCCGUUUUAUUGCGGCAAAAUCCCCACAAUGUCCACGAGUGGCAUAAACGUGUCAAGCUCUAUGAGGACAAACCCCAUGAAAUCAUCAACACCUACACCGAGGCUGUCCAGACGGUACAACCCAAAUUGGCCGUGGGAAAAUUGCAUACCCUUUGGGUGGAAUUUGCCAAAUUCUAUGAAUCCAAUGGCCAAGUAGAUGAUGCCCGGGUGGUGUUCGAGCGGGCCACCGAAGUGGAGUAUGUCAAGGUGGAUGACUUGGCCAGUGUCUGGUGUGAAUGGGCUGAAAUGGAAAUACGACAAGAAAACUUUGAGGAGGCCUUGAAGUUGAUGCAAAGGGCCACCGUCAUGCCCAAACGCAAGGUGGCCUAUCAUGAUGAUGCGGAGACGGUGCAAAUGCGCCUCUACAAAUCUCUCAAGGUGUGGUCUAUGUAUGCCGAUUUGGAGGAGUCCUUUGGCACCUUCAAGACCUGUAAGGCGGUCUAUGAUCGCAUUAUAGAUUUGAAAAUUUGCACCCCCCAGAUCAUCAUCAAUUAUGGCCUCUUUUUGGAGGAGCACAACUACUUUGAGGAAGCCUUCAGGGCCUAUGAAAAGGGCAUUGCCCUCUUCAAAUGGCCCAAUGUCUAUGACAUUUGGAAUGCCUAUUUGACCAAGUUCUUAAAACGUUAUGGUGGCUCCAAAUUGGAACGGGCACGUGAUUUGUUUGAACAAUGCCUGGAAAAUUGCCCACCUGAACAUGCCAAGUAUUUCUAUUUGUUGUAUGCCAAAUUGGAAGAAGAUCAUGGCUUGGCAAGACAUGCCAUGGCGGUAUAUGAUAGGGCCACCAGUGCCGUUAAGCCUGAGGAAAUGUAUGAUAUGUAUAAUAUCUUUGUGAAAAAAGCUGCCGAGAUUUAUGGCUUGCCCAGGACCAGGGAGAUUUAUGAAAAGGCCAUUGAAACAUUGCCCGAGGAGAAUAUGCGUCAAAUGUGUGUGCGUUUUGCUGAAAUGGAAACGAAACUGGGUGAAAUUGAUCGAGCCCGGGCAAUUUAUGCCCAUUGUUCUCAGGUCUGUGAUCCCCGUAUUACGGCCGAAUUCUGGCAAACCUGGAAAGAGUUUGAGGUACGCCAUGGCAAUGAGGAUACCAUGCGUGAAAUGUUGCGCAUUAAACGCUCCGUACAGGCCACUUAUAAUACCCAAGUAAAUAUGAUGGCUGCCCAAUUUAUGACCUCCAAUGCCCCGGCAGAUGCCGCUGGUACCGAUGCCAUGCGUCAACUGGAUGCAAAGGCCACCGAGGCGGCGGCCACUCAACAACAGAAACUUCCGCCACAACCACCCAAACCCUCUGGGGCCAGCAAUAUUAUGUUUGUACGCGGCGAAACUCAAGGUGGUGCGGCCAGAGAUAAAGUUGUUAAUCCCGAUGAAAUUGAUAUCGGUGAUAGUGAGGAUGAAGAUGAUGAGGAGGAGGAUGGUGAUGAUGAUGAUGGCACCAAUGGCAAUGACAACUCAAAGGCCACACGCAAGGAUGACAAUGAUAAUGUCAUGAAAAAAUUGCGCAUUGAACAAAAAUCAAUACCAGCCAAAGUUUUUGGUGGCCUAAAGACAAAAGCAAAUAAUGAUGACGAAGAGGAGGAUGAUUAGAUUUUAAGUUCAAAUCCAUAGAGUAAUAAAAUGGGGAAGAAUCUAAAGAUAUGGUAUUAAAAUUAAAUGUUUUUGCAUAUUUUUAAUAAA